AUGAAAUUCGAUGUUGAUGCAGAAGUAAAAAAGCCAAGUCUAAAUCCACUAAAACAUCCAGACUUUUUCCAGGUACAUAAUCUUUUUACCGUACAAGAUUUAUUUGACGCCGGUGUUCAUUUGGGUCACAAGGAAGGUUCAAUGGACGAGCGUAUGCGACCCUUUAUUUUUGGCAAUCGUUUAGGACAUUUAAUUAUUGAUCUCGAUCAAACGGCGGAACUUCUGCGAGAGGCAUUAAAUUUCACAGCGCAUAUUGCAUUUCGUGAUGGCGUUAUUCUUUUUGUUUCACGAUCGCCACAAUCGACUUAUAUUGUUGACAAAACAGCAAUUGAGUGCAAUGAAUAUUCAUAUACGCGCAAAUGGCGCGGUGGAAUAUUUACAAAUUCAGAAAAAGAAUUCGGCGCUCUCACACGUCUGCCUGAUUUGUGUAUUCUCUUCUCAACAUUUAAUGAAGUAUUGAAGGAUCAUCCGGCGAUUGUUAAUUCGGCGAAAAUGUGUAUUCCAACUGUUGGCAUUGUCGAUACGAAUAGUAAUCCAAAUUUGAUAACGUAUCCAGUGCCUGGUAAUGACGAUUCAAUGACGGCUUUACAACUCUAUUGUAAAUUAUUCAAGGAAGCAGUUUUACGUGGCAAGGAGGCGAAAAACCGACUUCUAGGUCUGGAAUAA